CUGCAGCCCACAGACAGUAUACUCAGUGGCGUGGCGCCUGUCCGCGGAGUAACGCCUACUUGCUGGUAGUCCAUUUCGUAGUUUUAGUUUUCAUAAUUUAUAUCGAUCGUUGCUGUGGUUUACCCUAUCGUCAUUACCCACAGUUCGUGUUAGUAUCGUGUUCGUCAAUUUGUUUGUUUAUUCUUCCAACAGAAACUUAGUUAGGUACACGGCAAAAUGUCGAAAAACGUAUACCUCCCGUAUAGCGCAACAUCUGAGAAGGCUCACAUCAAGUCUAUGGAACAGUACCGGGAAAUGCACAAGAAAUCAUUGGAGUCGAGUGCACAAUUUUGGUCAGAAAUCGCAUCACAAUUUCACUGGGAAACUCCGUACGACAUCAACAACUUUUAUUCGUACAACUUCGACGUGACCAAAGGGCCCGUGCAAAUCAAAUGGAUGGAAGGCGCCACUACAAACGUGUGCUACAACCUACUGGACAAGAAUGUGCGAAACGGGAUGGGUGACAAAGUAGCAUUUUACUGGGAAGGCAAUGAUCCGGAAGAUUAUAGCAAAAUCACAUACAAAAAGCUUUUAGAAGAAGUAUGCCGGUUUUCGAACGUAUUAAAAUCCAAAGGCAUAGUUAAAGGUGAUCGUGUCGCAAUUUAUAUGCCAAUGAUUUUUGAGAUCGUGAUUGCUAUAUUAUCGUGUGCAAGAAUUGGCGCAGUUCACUCCAUUGUUUUUGCAGGCUUUUCAUCGGAUUCGCUAGCAGAACGUAUGGCCGACUGUAAGUGUAAAGUCCUCGUGACAGCUGAUAGCGUAUACAGAGGAGACAAAUUACUAAACAUUAAAAGCCUAUGUGAUAUUGCAAUGGAAAAAGCCAAGCAUUUUGGCCACGAAGUUUCAACUUGUAUUGUAGUUCGUCACUUGCCACGUCUUUACARAUCGAUGAACACAUCUAAUGGUACAAAUGGGUCUAACUCCGACAUCAUAGAUUUACAUUCAGAUGAAUGUAUUUCAUAA